AUGUCGACCACUUCCGCUCUACCCAACGCGGCCGCCGACGCGCAUCAACGGUGCCGGUCGUCGUUUUUCUCAUUUUCUGGUACUACAAAUUCGGGUCCUGACGGUUCAGUGGACGCCGACGACGAAUUUUGCGACCCGUUGGAUUACAUGGUGGAGGAUACGCGGCGGGAAACCCUCCCGAAAACAAUGAAUGCGACCACUGAUAGCGGAGAUGAUCAUCGUCACAACACACCGCAAGCCGCAACUUCCACCAUGAAUUACGGCGACGACGACGACGACGGAGAUACAAUUGCUUCUGAGCAGCAAGAUCCCGACGAUACAGCGCACAGUCUUGAUCUACUACCACCCUUACCCGAUCACGAUGAUAGCAGUCUCGAGGAACACAGCGAUCAAGGCGGCGCGGAUAAUCAUACCUUUUUGGAGGCCGAAAUGAAGAAAAAACUGGCUGAUGUUGAGUCCAGUUUCCUACCGGACCCUUCAACUCUCGAAGUGGUAGCUGCGGAUCGUACUGCUGGUGUAGACGACACCUACGUCGUUGGCGUGCGUAAUGCACAUGCCCUGGAUUUCACAGAGCCCUCUUGGAUGAAGCGGGACGAGUCCAGCCAUGUCCUUACAUCCACAAAUGAAGACGUCCCCAUUCAACAUAGUCCUAGUCUGGGUUCUACAGACGAUUACACAAUGAAUCUGGAUGGAUCACCGGCGGCUCUGCCAGAGCAUUAUGGAGGAAAUACUACUACACUUGAAGCGCUUCCAUCGUCGCCAGCCGCAGCCGCAGCAGCUCGCAUGGGGAAUCGGAAUUAUUCUCCGUCGCACGAAAGCGUCAAUGAGUCCAGUCAGAUGUCACCAGGCUACCCGGUCGCUCACGGCUCGAUAGGAAGCGCCAACCAGUCCAUGCAAUCAACGGAGGAGUUCCAACCGCCUCCUGCCACGCAUCAUAGAUUAUUCAGCGAUGGAAAUACCAGCGACGGGGAUGCUGCAUCUCGCACAGGCAGUCGAAGGAGUAACCGCCCCAAAUAUCUGACUAGUCGCCAAUCAGCACAUCGUCUCUCGUACUCUUCUGAAACAAGCGAUGCAACCGAAGUGACCAACAGUGAUGCAACAUUAGGUGCAUCUGAUUUUGCACUUCAAUCGGGAGGUGCAGUUCCCGGCAAUAUGGCUGCGGGAUCCCGUCGUAACAACCUGGCCAGAUCCGUGAGCUUGGGCAGUAUGGCCUCUGGUAUUUCUGGGUAUAGCGAUGAAAACGUUAUGAAUAGACGAGAUAUGAGUGGAACUACAGAUAGCGGCCUCCAGACACUGGAUGAAGAAGAGUCCCAGUCGCGCCCUGCUUCGUCCCAUCAGAAACCGCUAGAUCAACAAGGGCAAACAGAACCUGCUGAUGAUAUCUCCGGACCCAUGACGCCUAAGGCUCAACCUCGCGAGCAAGCAUUUCCCACCGACACGGCGAUCGCAGAACGGGUCAAAGACGUCCAAGUCCCUAGCGCUUUUGUGAAGCAAUUCCGUGAAGACUUUAGCAAUGGAGUGUCUCCUGACAAGCGAGGGGCUGGAAUGACUCCGGGGUUCGCCCGCAGUGGCAGAAACAUGACUUUGAAAGAGCAAAGCAGCACAAUCGACCGUCUUUCGAAAGAGAACUUUGAUUUGAAGAUGCGGAUACAUUUCCUCAACGAAGCGCUGAACCGCCGCUCCGAGGAAGGAAUCAAAGAGAUGAUCUCUGAAAACGUCGAGCUAAAAUCAGAUAAGUUGAAGCUACAGAAGGAUAACCAAGGGCUGAAGCGGAAGAUUCGCGACUUGGAGAAGCAAUUGAAGGACCAGAAAUCCGAUAAGGAGUCAAUGUUGAACCAUGACCCGGAAGGUUGCUCCGACGAAGAAGAUCGUGACCACACUCAGGACGAGGAGUUGAUAUUCUUACGAGAGAGAAUCGAGACGCAUGAGCUGGAAAUUGAACGGCUAAGGUCUGAGAGUAUCGCGAAGGAGAGCGAGAAACGGAGAUUGGCAGAGAUGGUGAAGGCCCUUAAUGACGGCAGACCGGCCGGGUCUGAUUCUGGAGCAAGAGAGGAGAGAGACAUGUGGAAAGACAUGCUGGAUGCGGAAACUGCAGCUCGCGAACAGGCCGAUGAAGAAAACAAGAGAUUACGAGAAGAACUUUUGCGUGCAAAGGGCGAGGUGAGCUACACCAUGGCUCCCGCGGCGCCCUUGAAAACAGGACAUCGUAACCGUGGUGAUUCGCUGGCGUCACACUCGGCCGUUUCGGACAGAGACUUGUAUCGCACCGCUGCAGCUGGAAGCUCUUCAACUUCUACCCUUGUAAUGGACCUUGAUUUACUGAAACAGGAGAAUGCAGAAUUGCGGAGAGAGGUCAGCGCUCAGGCUUCGAUGCUGACGUCGCGGAACCGAGAGAAGGAACGCUUAUACCAGGAAAUCGAGGAGCUGAAACUUGGUCAACGCCGCGAUCUAUCAAUUGCGGGCGACAGCAUACUGGAUAGGUCUGCCUCUAGAGCACAAGGACGACCUUCAUCAAGCAUCAGCGACCAGACUGGACAGUCUCCGAUUGACGAUGCGGAGCGCGAAGAUUGGGAACUUCGAACUGGGGAACUCCGGGACCAGGUUUCUGCACUCAAGUUGGAGAAUCAAACUCUGCGCCAAAAUCUGGAGGAAUUGGAUAAAGCCUACACGGCUGAUGUAGAGCAAGCUGAAGAAGAUUUACGAAACCUUCAGCAAGAACGCGAUCAGGCGAUGCAGACAUCUGAAGAACGGGCCGCCGCCUUGGAGGAGCUGAAAGUCGCCUUCGAAGACCUGAGAGUAGAAGCUCAAGAGGAAAUAGACGCUCUUGACGACGAAUUAGUCCAGAAGACAAACGCUCUUGAAGACGAUUUAGACCAGAGGACUGAAGAGUGUCAACGCCUCACGGAAGAUCUGCGAACACAAGACGAGAACCUUAGAGCGCUGCAGGCAGAAAUGCGUUCUGCCAGUGAAGGCAUCAUUCGACUGGAGGAAGACGCGCAGAAUAAUCUGCAGCGCUACAAGGCCGUACAACAGGAGCUUGCAGAGUGCAACGAGGAGAUGGAAUCGCUCGAGAAGAGUUUGUAUGAGGCAAACUCCAAUGUUCAAAGACUCACAGUCCAAAUCGAGUCAAGCCAGAACGAGAUUGCCUUCCUCCGGGAAGAGCAGGAUGGCGACAAGAUCAAAAUUGGUGACCUAGAAUCUGAGCUUAAGACCUAUCGAGUGAGCCUCCAGAGUGAGAAGGACAAGACAAUGGAUCUUGAGGAGCGCCUGGCUGAGGAAAGACAUCAACGCGAGGUUGUCGGAGGCAAAGAGAAACAAGAGGUGCAGCGAAUCAUGAACGAGCUAAAUCGUGAGGCAUCAUCUGCUAAAGAAGAAUGUCGCAAGUUGAGGAAGAGCCUUUCGGCGCAGGAAGUUGAGACGGCUACGUGGAAGGAUCGGCUCACUGAUUUGGAGAACAAUCUCCGAGAGACUCUCGGCGACCUCACGGGCAGUAGGUCUAGCUUGAUCGCCAACAUCAUGAAGUUGCAGAAGGAGCUCGAAUCUACUGCGCUAGAACUAGAAAGCACACGGUCUACGCUGGACGAGAAGGAGUCAUUAUUGCGAAACCGCGAUGCGCUACUCGAAAGCCAUGGACUGGAAUCUCGAAAACUUUCUGAACUUCUUGACCGCGAACGCCAUGCUCGUCGUGCAGACAAGCAGUCGUUCGAACAGGCACUCAAAUCCCAUCACCAGGCAUCGCGUACAAUCACACAGAGCAACUCCCGUAUCUUGGAGCUCGAAAAUGCACGAAGUCAGGACCGCAAGCGCUUCACAAACCUUGAACAGCAGUUCCGCGAGCAGCUAAAUGAACGAAACUCGAUGCUACUGACCAUCUGGAAGCGACUGUCCGGUAUGUGUGGGCCGGACUGGGCUCAUUCAAACAGCUUGAUCAACGGCAACCUGCCAAGCCAGGAGGUUAUCGGAAAUAUCCUUUUCUGGCCAGGAUUUAGUCGCAAUCUCCUUCUUGCGGUUAAGACCCUAGAGAACGUGAUAUCGAGCUUCAAGAGCCGCGUCAAGGACAUUGAGCGCAAUCUUUCAAAACAAUAUCAAACACUCGAGCACGCCUUUAGCCUGCGGAUCAAGAAACUUGACAGGCUAGAGGAAACUACGAUGAACAUGCGCGCCCAAUUGCAGACUAGAAACCAGACAGGCUUAUCACCUGAGCUCUCUAAACUACGCGGCGAGAACCGGCUGCUGAAGGCCGAACUCAAUCUACUUCAAACCCACCCGCGCAGCCAUAGCACCACGGCAGGAAUAGAAGGUUCGCCUCGGUCAUCAACUAUCGACGUGACGAAGCGUGGCCCUUUAGUACGUGCCAGCACAGCCGCCGAACUACCGCCCCCAAGAUCUGGCAUCCCCCAACUAUCCCAAGCCUCAAACGCAACAAACCUAGUGGAACCCGCCGGUGCCAUAGCCCGCCCACGGCACUUCAAAUCAUCAGACCACCACGGCAACCAAGAAGUAUGGAUAAAGCGCCUGCAUGAGCUGGAACGCAGACUCAAAGGAGAACGUGAAGCGCGCCUGUUGGAUCGCAAUGGCGCACGGAAACGUUUGGAGGAGCGUGAUGCUGAGAAUAGGCGACUCCGCGCACAGUUGGACCGACAGCGUCUUCGCAAUGGCAUCUCAACGGAGACUUCCACUGAUGAUGGCGGCCAUGGACCUCAUUCCGAGCCUACCACAGGAGACGAGGGAUACAGAGAGCGCGAGGAUGAGCAUAGUUCGAGUGAGGGGGAGGGCAUUACAGUUGACAUUGAAGUUUAA